UCGGAGCAGAUGGCGGUGGUGGCGGGGAGCGGAUCGCUGCUGCUGCUGGCCGGCUAGGAGGAGGGGAUAACGGGGGGACUCUCGGACGAGACUCGGUGGACAAAUUCUAAUAACUCAAAACAAACCCGGCGCUUGAAUUGGGCGCAUGUAAAUGGACAGGACUUUAUUUUCGCUGCGCUCAAAGCCUAAUUUUCUCUCGCUACGGGCCGAAGGCCUGAGGAUUUAAGUGAUUAUUGGAUUCAGAGUUUCAGCCAACACAGACAUCUGCCCUAUAAACGACGGAUAAAUGCUUGGAAGUCUGUUAUUUAAGAUCUAUUUCAUCUGUCCCCGAUUUGAACCGCCGAACCGGCCUGAUUUAGUACUCAUUCGGACAUUUAAAUCAGCGUUAAAGGGAUUGUUUAUCUCAGUUAGCUGGGAGGCUAAUAACUCGCCUAUUCACAAUGAAUCAAUAUUAGCCGUUAGCAUGUACGGCUAAUUUAAAGGAAUAAAUCCGUAUUCGAUAAUCUCAGACAGCUAUUUUCUAGUGAUAUGGUUUCAGUCACGUGUCUUAUAUCCGGUUGUAUUGAUUACUCGGGUUCGAAAGGUCUUUUGUGGCACUGUCUAAAUGCAUGGAGUCCCGUUGUAUGACUGGCACAGAUAACGUUAGUAAAAUACCUCUUAAUUCUGGAGCAGCAAAACUGUAAUGCUGACUCUGUGUCCAUUUCAGCUCUUAAUGUACCUUCAUUUAGCUUGAGCUCAUUCAUUGAUUCACAUCAGAAGCGGCCCCGGUGUGAGUUUCAAAGGUGUUUGUCAUAGACCAAUACACCUGAGCAGGUAGAGCACGUGCUUGUGUGUGUCAUCAUGGGGAAUACAGUGUCCUGCUGCGUGUCUCCCAGUGGGAGCCCCAAACUACCCCGGCAGGUGGAGCGUCUGGAGGACUAUCAGAUCAACACAGACCUGAGCGAUGACACCGGUCCAUACCUGCAGCACAUCAGUGAUCGAGAAGUGCCCGAUGAUUUGGCUUUAGAGUCCAACCCCUCAGAUCAUGCCCGCGCCAGCACGAUCUUCCUUAGCAAGUCACAGACGGAUGUACGGGAUAGGAGAAAAAGCAAUCACAUAAACCACGUCUCACCUGGUCUGCUUUCAAAGAAGUACAGUUCCUGCUCUACAAUAUUCAUUGAUGACAGUACCGUUAGUCAGCCCAACCUGAAAAGCACAAUCAAAUGUGUCACAUUAGCAAUAUAUUAUCACAUUAAAAACAGGGACUCCAAUAGGUCAUUGGACAUCUUUGAUGAAAAAAUGCACCCCUUAUCUAGGGAGCAGGUUCCUGACGAUUACUCCCGCACAGACCCCGAACACAAACUCAUCUAUCGAUUCGUCCGGACACUGUUCAGCGCAGCACAGCUCACGGCCGAAUGUGCAAUCGUCACUCUGGUAUAUUUGGAGAGGCUGUUGACGUAUGCCGAGCUGGACAUUUGCCCAUGUAACUGGAAGAGGAUUGUUCUGGGAGCCAUCCUGCUGGCCUCGAAAGUCUGGGAUGAUCAGGCUGUGUGGAACGUUGACUACUGUCAGAUCCUCAAAGACAUCACUGUUGAGGACAUGAACGAGAUGGAAAGACAUUUUCUGGAGCUGCUGCAGUUUAACAUUAACGUACCGGCCAGCGUUUAUGCCAAGUAUUACUUUGACCUGCGCUCUUUAGCAGACGACAACAACCUGAGCUUUCCUUUGGAGCCACUGAGCAACGAACGAGCGCAGAAACUAGAGGCAAUCUCAAGACUAUGUGAGGAUAAGUACAAGGAUCUGAGCAGAGUGGCCAUGAGGAGAUCAUUUAGCGCAGACAACCUAGUGGGCAUCCGCAGAUCCAACGCCGUUCUUUCUUAGAGCUUUUGCUCGGACCAGACGGCACUCGAUGGACAAAACUCGUUCUCUGCCCGGCGAUUUUAUGCCAAUCGAAAGAUCCUACACCUUACCCAACCAAUGCAGAACAACAUGGAGACAAAAACAAACUGAAUGAGGGUUUUUUGUUUUGUUUUUUGCUUACUAUGUAGGCUACUAGCUGUGAACUGUCAGUUUUUAAUUGAAAUCAUUUGCAGAUGGAGUAUUUUAAAUAAACACUAAUCAUGUAA